AUGGGUGUUAACAUCUUGGAUUGGCCAACAUCACGUACGUUCUUCUACUGGCAUCUACGCCUGCUGCUGCUGGAAGAUACAGUGAAGAAAAAGAUCCUGGAUGCUAACUCUGAACUGAUUGAUGGGCAGAUUCAGGCCAUGCUGAGGCUCUGGUUAGUGGAGGGCGAAGGCACUGUAAAGGCCUAUCUAUGGGAUGACAACAAGGAUGUUGUGGAAUGGCUGGAAAAACAGCUGCUGGAGGAGGAAGCCACUCGGUCGGUCAUUGAUGAGAACAUCAAAUACAUUAGCAGAGAUUAUAUUCUCAAGCAGAUACGGAGUCCGGUGCAGGCCAAUCCUGAAGGUGCCACGGAUUCUAUUGUUCACAUGACUCAACACAUCUCUCCCACUCAGAGAGCUGAAAUUGUGACAAUUCUGUCGACAAUGGAUGCCCCUGCUUCGACAACAUAUCCUCCUCACUGA